CGCAGGUGUCGCCGAUGGGACAGUUACCUGCCCGUGGUGACCUACAUUAGAAAACGCCGUGUGAUGGCGGAAUAGAUGUAAAACGUUGAAAGAUGGGGAUAUUACUAGUGUGGUUGUUAGCUGGUUUACUGGCCAGUGUCAUCUCAGUAUCCAGACCUCCAGAGAUUACAGAGCAACCACCAGAAAACAUCUACUACAAGGUGGCAGAGAGUGUUCAGAUGGUGUGUAAGGCGCGGGCAGAGCCCAACCCCUCAUAUGACUGGAAAAGAAACGAGAUCGUGUUCAAUCCUAGCGGUAUGGACGACAGGGUGGUCCAGCUGCCGAAUGCGGGGACGCUGGUCAUUAACAUGCCAGAGGACAAGGAUGAGGGCAUGUACCAGUGUUUUGCUAGGAAUGAUUUUGGUAUCACUGCGACCAUCAAGGUGAAUCUCAGGCAGGCCAAGCUGGCAGACUUUCCUUCUGCUGCCAUGACAACAGUCAAUGCCAGGGUUGGUCAGCCGUUGACCUUGAACUGUGUCCCACCUGAGAGCGUCCCACCCCCUAGUGUCUUCUGGGCUAUAAAGAACCCAGCAGGUGGCAUGGAUGUUGUCAACUACGACGCCCGCGUCUCCAUGGACAGGGAGUACCGUCUGAGGUUUACAAAUGUGUUGGCAACUGACAGACAAAACAACAAUCCUUACAUUUGUGUUGCACUCAACAACAUCAUGAGGCGGAACAGUCAGAGUGCUGGCAUCAGAGUUAACACUCAAGGAACUACCUCAGAUUUUGUACCUGUGGCUUAUCUGUGGUCAGAUCAGGAUGACCGCUUUGGCCUAAGGGGGGACACAUUUUCAACAAAAUGUAUAUUUUCUGGAAACCCCACUCCUGAGGUCCACUGGGAGAGGACGGGGAACAAAUCCAUGCCAGACCGCGCCAAGAUCAAAAGUUUUGCCCAGGAGCUUGAGAUCACAGACCUGCAGUUUGAGGACCAGGGGUCAUACGAGUGCUGGGCAUCAAACAACGCAGCAGACAAGAGGCUUAUCAGGACAUUCAAAAUUACAGUCAAAUCGCGACCGUAUUUUCUACAAGAGCCAAAGAGCCUUGAGGUGGGUGUGGGAGCCAACGUUGAGUACUCAUGUAAGGCAGGAGGAGACCCUGAGCCGUCCAUUGAUUGGUUCGUUAAUGGUAUCCAGCUCAAAGAUGUAACCGACCCUAGAAUUGUUAGCAGCAACAGAUUCAAGCGUCCACUAGAGGACAAAAUAUUUUUUGAGAAAGUUGAGGAGACGGAUCACAUGGUGUUUCAGUGCAACGCAUCCAACAUCCACGGAUAUGUCUGGGCUGAUGCCUUUCUCAAUGUUUUAUCUGAGGCCCCCACCAUCAUAGAAUCACCAGACGCCCUCCAGCGGACAGCAGAGGGUCAGCCUGUGAACCUGACCUGCAGGACAACAGGCAAGCCUGACCCUAUCAUCACCUGGUACAAGAAUGGCGAGCAGAUCACAGGUGGACGCUACAGGAUCCUUUCCAAUGGGGACCUGAGCAUUAAGUCUGUUGUACUAGCUGAUGCGGCAGAUUACCUUUGUGAGGCCAAAAACAGGUUCAAUGUGACCAGUGCUGGCGGUCAGCUGAUCGUCCGACGUAAAACUGUUAUUGAGCAGAUUCCUUACGACCUUGAAACAAUAGCCGGGAAAGAUGCCAAGUUCACAUGCUCUGGCACGACAGAUCCCGAGGAAGUUCAGAAUCUGAGGAUUCUCUGGCUGAAAGAUGGCAAGCCAAUCACAGCCAAUGACCAGAGGAUGACCACCAACAGACAGGACAACUCACUGACCAUCAGUGGGACCAUCAUGAGAGACUCAGGGACCUACACGUGUAUAGCCACCAAUGGCUUGGACAACUCCACAGCCUCGGCCGUGCUCACUGUCAAAGCUCGCCCAGAUGCACCCACUAAUGUGUACUGGGAGUUCUGCAACAAGAAUGCCACCAUCCACUGGAUGCCAGGAAGUUUCAACAAUGCCCCCAUACAGUACUACGUUCUACAGUACAAUACGACCUUUAACCCUGACCAGUGGACAUUCGCCCUCAAGUUGAAUGCAUCGCUGAGUAAAGUGAACAUGACCUUGUCACCUCACGUCAACUACACGUUCCGCAUCAUUGCCUACAACAAGAUUGGACCCAGCGACCCAAGUUUUCCUACCCCGAAGAUCUGCACCACAAAACCAGAGCGACCCUACGCUCAUCCACAAAAUCUGCGCACCCUGGGUCAUCAGUAUGGCAAGCUCUAUAUAGAGUGGACUCCUGUCCCACAAAUAAUGCAGAAUGGUCCGGGAUUCUACUAUAUCCUACAAAUCCUGCGUUUAGGAACGCAGGCUGAAACCAAUAUACAAAAUAUCCCUAUAAAUGACUGGACCACGCGGUACUACGAAAUGUCGGCUAGCAUGGUGUACGAGCCGUACAGGAUAACUCUGAAGGCUAUAAACAGUGUAGGAGAGGCUGCAGCAGACCCUCCAACUAUAGUUGGGUACUCGUAUGAAUCCACCCCUACUAUAACACCAACCAAUUUUGCUGUUGUUGAUGUACAAGACACUUAUGUGGUCUUCUCGUGGGACUUUGACAAGUCUGAAAUUGGAAAACUCAGGUCAAGGAUUCAAGGAGAGUUCAAAGGUUUCAAGAUCCAGUUCUGGGAGCGUGACCUACGAGCCCUGACAGUGAGAGAGUUCAACAUUGGGCCGGAAUCAGCCCAAAACACAACUGGCAACACUUUCUCCGCCAGCGUAGACUCCAUGCUGCCCAACACCAACAUGGAGGCCCAGAUCUCCGUCAUGAACAAUUAUUUCAUUGGUCCGCCCACAGAGAGUAUCAGGUUCAAGACUUUAGCUGGAUUUCCCGGUCCAGUGGAAUAUUUCCGAGUCAUUAACGAUGGAGACACCCACGUCAACUUAGAAUGGGGCAGUCCAUUUGAAAACAGGGGUGAUCUGGAGGGCUAUGACAUCAGCUAUCGUUUAGUCAAUGGCCUACGUCUGGGAGACAUGCAGGAGAGAGAGCCCCAGAUCAACGACCCCUACGCCACCAACGCCUACCUGAGUGGCCUGAUGCCCAACUCUAAAUACAGAGUCUACAUCUACGCCAGGACAGCCAAGGGGCGGGGUGACGAGUACUUCAUUGAGAUUUACACUCUACCCCCAGGGACUCCCAGAAUGCCCAGGUUUUCUAUAGCAAACAUUGGGUCCCAUUACAUCAACGUGACCUGGUGGAUCAAUGCUUACGCUGCCUCAGGCACAGUUGUCUUUGUGGAGUGGAGGAAGUUAGAUGGCCCUGAGUGGUUCAGGUCAACUGAUGAGGUCAUCAAUACCUGGAAGAACAUCAGCAACCUUGAGCCUGGCACGACCUAUGAAGUUAGAAUCAAAGCCACCAAUGGCAACUCCAGUGUAGCAUCAGGCAUUGAAGAAGUUAGAACGGAAGGCAUUGCGGUUGCGUUUUCAUUGGCUGGCAAUAUCGGGUGGUUUAUUGGCAUGAUUCUUGCCCUGCUGCUGGCCAUAGGCCUGAUCAUCCUCUUCAUCCUGUGUCACAAGCGAGGGUUCAGGUUCUCGCAGAAAGACGACAGCUACUACGGCACGGCCGGAGCCCAGCCUUACUCUGGUACUUAUGAUAAUACCACCUAUGUUGCCAGAGGAAAUGAGCAGUUCGGGCCAGAACCAAAGGGCUAUAACAAUGAUUAUUAUGAUGAUAAAGACUACCACAACUAUGAGGAUGAUGGAGGUUUUGAAAAGAAACCCCCAAGCUACACCAGUGAAGAAAAGAAUUAUGAACGGGACUAUGAUAGGGAUUACGAUCAGGACAGGGAUUACGAUCAGGACAGGGAUUAUGACAGAGACAGGGACUACAGGCCCGCAGAGAAGGAGUAUGAAGACUACAACCGCCACCCAUCUGACUCGUAUGAUCCUGAAUUUGAAUCUGGGGAGCCUAACAAAUUUGAUCGCAACGGCAAACCCAGGGAGUUGUAUGACCGCAGCAACCACUCCCAGGAUGACUAUCAUGAUGACCGCUACAGGCCCAGGGAUGAUGAUUAUGACCGCCAUGAUGAUGAUUAUGAAGACCGUUAUGACAGACGUGACCCAAGAGAUGAUAGAUACGAUGACAGAUACGAGCCAAGCGUGGCCUCCAGCAAAUCUGGCAGCACUGCUAAACCAUCGUCGUCAACUUUUGUUUGAAACUUAACAGAACAUAGGCAUGUAUCUUUUCAAAACUGUGACAUCUGGAAAAAAUAAAUUUUUAACAUUUUUUUUAUCCUACCACAUCAGCAAAAGAUCUGAAUUAAAUUUUACAUUAUUAUUUUUAAAAUUUUACUCAGUUUUUAAAAGAAAAAUAUACUCACAUUUUUGUCCUGUUGAGGAACUAAUUACUCUUAAAUUUUUUAAAGUACAAUGGACAUAAAAAAUGGACUUAUCUUCUCCUUGCUUUUAUGCCAUGAAUUUUUCUCCACAAUUUUAAAACUGUGAACAAACGUGUAAAGAAUUUUUAGUCUUGUAGCAUUUUAGUAGCUGUAACUGUUUGAAUAGGUGAGAGCUACUCUUGUACAAAGCUGUGUGGUGUAUCAGCCUGUGAGUAGAUCAUUGAGCAACACAACAAACACAUUUUUGUGCCUGUAUGAAUUAUGUGCUUCACUGUGUUGAAUAACUAAAUCUUCACCUGUGAAUGGCAAUUUGUUGUCAGUUAUCUCAUGUGCAUAAUUGAAAAUAUUUAUGUAUAUAUUUCAUUCAUAACUCCAGCUAAUUCAGCUACUGUUGGCAUCUUUGAUUUUUAUUUUUGUAAAUAUUUUUAAACUUGUUAAAUCAUGUAUGCGCAACUCAUAAGUUUACUUGAAAUUUGGUUAAUUAAUAUCAUGGGUCUAAUUAUGGUUGAUUAAAAUGUCCAAAUCUACAUGAAUGGUGUAUGCAGCAGAUGUAAAAAAUCUCAAGACUUUCCAAUUUGUCUAACCUGUUUUGUGAAGUGCAACAGGCUUUAAGGGGGAUAACUCCUAUAAUGUAGAUUGCAGGUUUCAUUCGAGAGUUAACAACCUUAGUUGCCCUUGUGCCUCCCUGUAUAAAGUUUAACAUUCCAUGUACAGUGUCAACUAGCAGAUUAUCUACUUUCAUUUACUUUUAAAAUUUUGUAUAAUAUACAGUUUAUUUUUAAUAAAACAAGAAACCAUUA